CGAACAGUUCACAAUGACGCCAAACAAGACGUUCGUUUUCAAGAAGAUUCCUGCUGCCCUGCCUGUCGCAGGGGAGCACAUAACCGUCGAGGACCGCCCAAUUGACCUCGACAACGUUCCUGAGGGCGGCAUAGUCGUUGAGGUGAUUUAUGCGUCCUUUGAUCCAUACCAACGCGGCCGCAUGAGGAACGCCAGGAUCAAGUCAUAUCAGCCUGCGUUUGAGCUUAACGGCCCGAUUUUCAACCACACUAUCAGCAAGGUCUUGAAGAGUAAAGCCCCUAGCUUUUGUGAAGGCGAUCUAGUCCUUGCCAACACACCUAUCGCCGAGUACGCCUGCUUGACACGCCUAGAGGAGGUGCGCAAGGUCCAGAACCCGUACAACUUAGACCUGGCACUCUUCCUUGGCCCUCUUGGAAUGUCAGGAUUAACUGCCUGGUCUGGCCUGCAUAAGAUUGGACAGCCUAAGAAGGGUGAGACUAUCUUUAUCAGCUCUGCUGCUGGCGCUGUAGGACAGGUAGUUGGGCAGAUUGCUAAGCGGAAGGGCCUUACUGUCAUCGGGUCUGUGGGUUCGGAUGAGAAGCUCAAGUUCAUCAAGGAACUCGGCUUUGAUACCGGCUUCAACUACAAGAAGGAUGAACCUAGGGAUGCUCUCCCCGAGUUAGCACCCAACGGCAUCGACAUCUACUUUGAUAAUGUUGGCGGAGAUCAUCUAGAGGCGGCUCUUACCUGUAUGAACUUCGAGGGGCGUGUUGUCUCCUGCGGCAUGAAUAUCACCAUGGAGGGCUUUAUUGUCUUUACUCCUAAGUUCGGCCCGGCGCAUUUUGACGAGCACCAGGAAAACAUGCAGAAAUGGCUUUCCGACGGCAGUGUGAAAGCUAAGCUAGCGGUUACCGAGGAUAUUGAUAACGCUCCAGAUGGAUUUAUUGGCAUGUUUAACGGCAAGAACUUUGGCAAGUCAAUACUAAAGAUUAAGUAA